AUGCUGGGCGCAUCCCGGGAGAAGGGACAUCCGCCCCCGCAGCAGUCUGCCUCGACCACAACCCCCCGCCCAAGUUUCGAUCGCGAUGGAAGCUCUUCGGUCAACCUCAAGCUCCCCGCCGGACCUGCUGGUCAUGGUACCGUUGGUCCUAGGAGCGUCGCUGCUUCCUCCCUCAGCUUCGCUCCUCGUGGGUCCUCCCUCAACCCGUCCAUGGCCCCCGGCAGCUUCAGUUCCGAGCUGCGCAGCCAGAUGAAUACAUCCCGUGCUGGGUCUCGCCUCGAAAUGCAUAGCGGCGAACGACUCGACGAUGACGACAACGCCUCGCUCACCGAAAAAAACCUCAACAGUCUGCGGGAACUACUCAAUCGCGAACAUAAAAUAAAGGAGGGGAGCGAGAACAUGCUAGAAGCGCUCAAUUCCAAGAAGGCCAAGCAGACCAAGGACCAGAGGGCGCGGGUUGAGGCCGAACUCAUCGCGUCCAAAAACAAGAUUAAGGAGCUCCAUCAGAUGAUAGCCGAUGUGCAGAGGAUGAAGGAAACCCCCGCUACUCCUAUCAGGAACCGUACUGGUGACGCUUGGCCCCAUUCUAACGGCCUACGCUCCCCGCCAAGUGCCUCACGGAGUGGUGCUGGUUCCGACUUUGACGACUAUUCGGAACAGUCUCCCACUUUUACUCUGACCGAGAUCCUCCAGGCUCUGGAAGUCGAGGGCCUCGGCCCUGAAUACUACGUCAGCAGAGCUAACAGUCUUGUCGAUUUGUUGAAGAGGCAUCCUACCUUGAAAUACGAUCUGGUAUGGCCCGUCUUCGGAUUGCGUAUGCAGGUGAUGCUCUUGAGUGAGGCGCGGGAGGUGGUUGCUGCCGGGUACCGCAUGGUCCGCUAUGCGAUUUCCGAUGUGUCAUCUCUCAAAAAGAUCAGAGAACUCAACACGGAUUAUCUAGCGAUAACGUCGCUGAUCAAAGAUCGGAAAGCGGAUCUGGAACGCGAGCAGGCCCUCAAGUUUGUGCGUGCGUUCCUUGAAGUGAAAGGCGGAGUCCAACAGAUUUCAAGGGCCGUCGUCCGGGCCGUCGCUGCCGUCGCCGCACAGGUCGACGACAGGUUAAGGUCGAUGUGUCUUCAGACCCUCGCCGAGCUGCUCAUAAGAGACCCAGCGCUAGUUGUCGCUUCGGGCGGCCUACCUCCGAUCUCCGAGGCUCUCAUCGAAGGGACUUACAAGUCUCCAGACACGCUGGCCUCCUCCUUCAUGUUUCUCCUCGACCGGCCAGAGAAGAGAAAGUAUCUACGCUCGGGUUAUGAUCUGGAAGUCCUGUUUACGGCCUUUACCGAUAUCACCCUCGCAACCGAAAGCCUGCUCAAGCAGAACUCGCGCGCCAUCGCCAAGGUGCUCAAAAGCUGGUCUGGCUUGAUGGUCUUGGGGAUGCGGGAUUUCCGUGCGAUCAAGUCUCUUGUUAGUAGCAUGGUGCUUCCGAACCCCUUGAUCAAAGAGACCGUCAUCGACCUCCUCUUCGCCAUUCUCCGCAUAAAACCCCCUUCUUGGGCCUCCUCGUUCCUGGCAGGCCGCCGGCUCACGACGUAUGGGAGAGUGGCUAGUCUCAAGUCGAUUUCCACCCCCACUACAGCGUCCACCAGUUCCGGAGGUCCGACCCACGAGGAAGAUACCAUUGAAGAGCAAACUUUCCUCGACCACUACACGGCAUUACUUCUCGCCGUCCUCGUCAAAGCCGACCUCCUCCCGAGCCUCCUACACGUUGCGCGAAAUAGCGAAGCCCAUCUAACGAGGAAAACGUGCCUACUUAUUGGUGAGGUUCUCAAGCUGGCCAGCAGGUUGCUGCCCCCGUCAUGGAGCCGCAGUCUACCCUUACUCCCGGAGCUUUUUGCUGCGGCGACUCAGUUCAAGGAUGAUGAUAGGUUCAUCUCCUCGGGCAUCAUCUACCAGAUCAGCUCCGUGAGCAAGACUCUGUAUAGGACAUCAGACACCUCAUCGAGCAUCGGGUCACCGUCGGUUGACAAUCUGAACGCCCUUAACGAGGAGCAGCAGAAAGGCAACCCCGGUGUGGUCAUCCACGACACGGUCUUCAGGCAGCUGCUGGUGGACUCCAACGUCUUGAACAGCUCGAACUACCUAAAGUGGAACUGGGAUACCAUUCUCAGGAUGAUUGACGGGCCGCUGCAGAAUGGCAAGAGGCUCGAGGAGACGAUCAAAGUCUCCAAAUUCAUGAACCGCAUCAUGAGUUUCUACAGACCUUUUAAGAACCGGUUUGCCGACCUCACGAGCAACAAAAACACGCAAAAGUACGUUAGAGCCGGCUGUGCGUUGAUGCACUCGUUGCUCCAAUCGCCCGAGGGAGUAAAAUUCUUGCAGGACAGCAAGUUGCUACGGCAGUUGGCCGAAUGCCUGGCCCAGUGUGACCCAAGCAGCGGUCUGACUUCGUCUGAUCCCAUCUUCGCACCCGGUCGGCUUCAGACGACGCUUUCCGCCGGGUAUUUCCCUAUGCUGGGCAUCCUCAGUAGCGAUCCCAAGGGCCAGGAGCUCUUGCAGCGCUGGAGGAUGUUCAACAUGAUGUAUCACAUUAUUUCGCACAAGCAGCGGCCGGAUCUGAUCAAGCUUCUCCUGACCAACUUCGACUAUAGUGUCCCCGGCCACACACGAGUGCUUAUAGAACAAGCCCUGACGGCUGGCACGAGGGACAUCCGCAUCAUGGGUACUAAAAUUCUGCGCAAGUACGCCACGCGGCCGUUCAACGAUAAUAUGCGAGACCACGACAAGGUCGACUGGAAAUGGGCCAUUAAGAGGCUGGUCGAUCAACUGUACGACCCAGACGUCGAGGUCUGCCGGACGGCUGUGCAGAUUCUCGAGAAGGCAUGCAAUAAGAAAGCGUACCUCGAGUAUGUUGUGCAAUGCCGCCCCGCUAUGGACCACCUCGGGGAGCUGAGCGCGCCGCUGCUUCUCCGUUUUUUGUCAAGUUCGAGCGGCUAUCAUUAUCUUGAUGGCCUCGACUAUAUUAGCAAUGAAAUGGACGACUGGUUUUUGGGGAGGAAUGAUUCCUACGUUGAUCUAAUCGAGACGAGCCUUGCGAAGGCUUUCUUCGAUAACCCAGACGAGCAGCAGGGCCGCAUCAGCAUGCUAGGUCAGACAGAAGCCGAGGCGAUGGAGCCGGAGAGCCACCUUCCGCCCCACUUCUACCGGGAGCUCGCACGCACGGAGGAGGGAUGCAAGAUGCUGCGGGAGAAGGGACAUUUUAGCGAUUUCGCGAACACGAUACGAGAACAUGGCAUGCAGUCGGCCGAUCCCGAGCUGAUUCUCAAAGUGAAGGGAUGCAUGUGGGCCGUCGGGAACGUAGGAUCCAUGGAGCUUGGGGCGCCCUUCGUCGAGUCUUGCGACGUGGUUGAGAAUAUUGUCAAGAUCGCACAAGAACACGAGGUCAUGAGCAUCCGGGGGACGGCAUUCUUUGUGUUGGGUCUCAUUUCCCGAUCCGUCCAUGGCUUGGAGAUCCUCGCGGGGUGCGGCUGGGACUCGAACCUGAACCGGAGGGGUCAGUCCCUUGGCUUCUGCAUUCCCAAUGACCUGUCCAAGUUCUUCUCUUUCGUUCCUUGGAAGCACACGAUCGCCGCCUGUAUCCGGCUCCCCGACACGCAAAAGACGAUCCUGACACCUCCGCCUCCCGUGGCGGCGCGGCCUCCCCUCGAAAAGGGGAAUUUGCCCCCACCCCACGACAAAGAAGCUGUCAAUGAAACGAUCAUCGACUUGGUCGUGGACCUCAGCAACAUCAUCCUGUACAAGCGGGCGAUUAGCGAAUUGAAGCAGAUCAAGCAGAACAACGCGGCGGGCUUCAGGGAUCCCAAGCUCUUUAAGAGGGUCAUGGCCAUGCUCGAGUACAACCAUUACCGGCUGCCUAUCAGGCGGAUGGUUAUAGAGUUGUUCGACAAGAGCGUGUUGCGGAGCAUCGUGUUCGAAGAGGAUGGCGCCGACGAAGACGAAGACGACACCGCAUACCCGGACCAGAGGAUUGAAAAAGACAAAAGGGGAAAGGAAGAGAAGACCAGGCAGCCGGAUGAGGACGGGCGCAGCAUGUCGUCCUCCAGCGACGAGAUGCGGACUGAGAGACAAAGGAGCGUCUCUGAUCCCGCUGAAGUACACGUGCACACCCACAUGGGCCGUAGGUCCAGGAAGGACGCCCGUGCCGAACGCCCCCAGAGCAUCUCGGACCCAGCCAAUUUUGACGAAGAUGGUCACGGAAGGAUGAACACUAGUGGCUGGGACAGUGAGUCAUCUUCUUUGGGGGAGGAAGGGGAGAGGCAAGAGAGGCAGAGGACCAUUUCGGAUCCGGCGGAUCUUGAAAAGGACACCCGAGCGCGGAAUGGCCGACCGUCCAGCGGAGUUUCCGAAGCUUCAAGCACGUCUCUCGACUCGGAGUGA